GAAAAAAUAAUAACAAGAAUAAUAAAAUUGAAUCACCAGUAAUAAAUGUGAAAGGAAUCUUUAAAGAAGAAGAAUUCUUAAAAUUAGAUGAUAAACAAAAAAUAAAUGAAUUGGUAAAGGCAGCAAAUAUAUUUAAACAAAGAAUAACAGAAUUGGAACAACAUGUUAAAGAAGAAAAAGAUAUAAGACUUACAAGUGAAACUAUGGAAAAACAGUUUGCAAUAAUAAUUACAAAUAAUUAUAAAAGGAUUAAGAAUUUCUUUAGAGAGCCAAUUAAAGAAAAUACAAAAAUAGGUGAGGAAUUAUCAAAAGAAAUAGAAAGAUUAAUUACCACAAUAGGAAAAAUAAAAAAAGAUAAAAUAACAACAGAAAAUUUGUACCAUAAACAAAGGAAUUUAUACAAUGACUCAGAAAAAAAGAUUGAAAAAUUAGAAGAACAAAUAGAGGAAAUUGAAAAGAAGCAUAAUGGAGCUAAGGAGUACAUACAAGAACAAAGAAGAAAAUUACAAGAACUACAUGAAGAAAACAAAGAAUUAAUAAAAAAG